GGAAAGCUCCCAAUCACCGAUUCUACCGCAUCCAAUUGUUGCUGCCAUCGUGUUUGGCUGACUGUUUGUAAACACAAGGAAGAAACCUGAGGAAAGGCUUCUCCAUACCGUUGCCGACUCUUCACGUUCAUAACCCCACCGCGCGGACGGCCACUCUGGAAUAUGCACGCCAUACUUCGUUCAAAUCCGACUCGGUUUGCACAUGCACGCACGCCAACCGUCACUGUAAGGACCGUACGUGCAGCCAUUACUCGAGGAUGUGCUUCCUCUACUACAAAUGGCGCUUUGCGGCACGCAUCUAGUGUUGUUCGCACUUCGUUAGUGCCUCAUGGACCUCGCAUUAUGCGGAAACAUCUCACCUUUCCAUGCCUCGCCCGCACUCAACAGCGCGAAUAUGCUUCGGAUUCCUAUCCUCCUCAUACCCUGAUCACUAUGCCCGCGCUGUCGCCAACAAUGACUCAGGGCAACCUCGGUCAAUGGCAUAAGAAAAUUGGAGACGAAGUUCAGCCGGGUGACGUUCUUGUGGAGGUAGAGACCGACAAGGCGACAAUGGAUUUCGAGUGUCAAGAUGAGGGAUUUUUGGCGAGGAUUUUUAUUGAAAGUGGCGAGAAGGACGUCCCUGUCAGCAAGCCACUGGCUAUCUUGGUAGAGAAUAAGGAUGAUGUGGAAAAGUUUGCGGAUUUCAAACCUGAGGGUGCUGCCGCGCCUCCACCUCCUUCCAAGCAGAAGGAAGAACCCGCUCCAUCUAAAGAUGAGCCAUCAAAAGCAGCCGAAUCUGCACCUUCCUCAUCAGGGGAAUCUUCCGAUCGAGUUUCGGCUAGUCCUGUGGCUAAAAAGCUUGCCGCGGAGCGUGGCAUCGAGCUUGGUGGGAUUAAGGGUUCCGGGCCUGGUGGAAGAAUUAUUAAGGAAGACGUCCUGAACUACAAAGCUCCGGCCGCUACUCCUGCUGCUACUCCUGCUCCUGCCGCAGCCCCUACCGGGAAGGCUGCACCUCCAGCACCAGCUCCCGGCGCUGCAUACGUUGAUAUUCCUUUGUCAAACGUCCGCAAGGUCAUUGCUACACGGCUACUUGAGUCAAAGCAACAAAUUCCACAUUACUAUCUGACUUCAGAAAUCAAUGCCGACAAGAUUUUGAAGCUGCGUGAGGUUUUGAAUAGCCAGGCAAACGGCAAGUUCAAGCUCUCCGUCAACGAUUUCAUAGUCAAAGCGGCUUCCCUUGCGUUGAAGGAUGUGCCCGAGGUGAACAGUUCGUGGCAAGGAAAUUUCAUCAGACAAUUCAAUAGCGCGGACGUUGCGGUCGCUGUCGCUACCGAGAACGGCCUUAUUACUCCCAUUAUCCACCAAGCUGAAACCAAAGGUCUUGCAAAGAUCUCAAACAGCAUUAAGGAACUUGCACAAAAGGCUCGCGCCAACAAGUUGCAGCCUCACGAGUACCAGGGCGGUACUUUCACCAUCUCCAACCUCGGAAUGUAUGGAAUCUCCCACUUUACCGCGAUCAUCAAUCCCCCACAUGCCUCUAUCCUCGCCGUGGGCGGUGUGGAUGAAAAGCUAGUCUUGGAUGAGACGAGCGAGAAAGGUUUUGCAGUGCGUAAGGUGAUGAAGGUUACCAUGAGCAACGAUCACCGUGUCGUAGACGGUGCAGUUGGAGCCAGGUGGCUUGAGAAGUUCAAGACCUAUGUUGAGAACCCUCUCACAAUGCUGUUGUAAGAGACUGGUGGUCGGCUUUUGUUUCGGGGAUGCGGUAGCCCGCAACAUGAAAUUAUCUUUUAAGAAUCAAUUUUAGAGUGUUUUGGAACUCUGAUAUCCCGCAAAAACCUCAUGCAACGUUUCUAAUUGAGCCCAUGUGAUUUAUAUAUUUGUGAAGAUCAGAGCUUCUCCAGUAUAUUCCACUAAAUAGCC